CAGAGACUGCGGACACAGUACAGGAGAUGACCAAAGACUGCGGACAUAGUACAGGGAUGACCAGAGACUGUGGACAUAGUAGUAGAGAUGACCAGAGACUGCGGACACAAUACAGGAGAUGACCAGAGACUGCGGACAUAGUACAGGAGAUGACCAGAGACUGCGGACACAGUACAGGAGAUGACCAGAGACUGCGGACACAGUACAGGAGAUGAACAGAGACUGCGGACACAGUACAGGAGAUGGUCAGAGACUGCGGACAGUACAGAGAUGACCAGAGACUGCGGACACAGUACAGGAGAUGACCAGAGACAG